CCUUUUCUAACGUGAAUAUUGAAGUCUUUGAAUCUAGCUAGCUAGCUUUCACAUCUAUUGAUUUUUAAUCAAACCAUUGUAUAUAAAUGUGUCAGUGGCCAAUGCAAGUCGAUCUACAAGGGUCAUCAGCUUUUGGGUAUUGAUUAGAGUAAUAUAGAGGGAGAGAGAGAGAUGGAGAGCCAUUUGAAGAUGGUGUUAGUGGUUUUCUUUGUAUUGGUUUUAGGGAUUAGCACUAGAACAGUUGAUGGUGCAGUUUCUCAAAUUACCAUGAAAAAGAUUGAUAGGAUGAAUAGGAAAGGCCCAUACUUGGGUAUUAUAGUACCAAAUUCCUUUGAGCUCACCCCUCUUCUUCAAUCGGCAAGCUUUGUGACUGAUCAGAAGCUUCCCAGUUUGGAUUUUUCAGGAAGAAGGUUUCGAUUUGGUAGAUUGGAUAAUCAAAGUGUUGUAAUUGCUAUGACAGGGUUGAGCAUGCUUAAUGCAGGUGUAACAACUCAAUUAUUGCUAACCCUAUUCAAGGUGAAAGGGGUUGUGCACUAUGGAAUUGCAGGAAAUGCAGAUCCUCAACUCCAAAUUGGAGAUGUCACUAUCGCUCAGUACUGGGCUCAUACAGGCCUUUGGAAUUGGCAGAGGUUUGGGGAUGGUCCUGAUAAUUUGUUAUCCUUGGAGUCAUUCGGAGACUACACCAGGGAUGUUGGUUACAUAAAAUUUUCCGAAUUCAACAACAAAACAGAAACUGAGAAGUCUGUUGACAAUUUUCUGAACAAUGCAUGGUACCAACCGGAAGAGAUCUUCCCAGUUUAUGGCACUCCUGAAGUUCGGCAGCAUGCCUUUUGGGUCCCCGUAAACAAAAAAUAUUUUGCACUUGCUCAACAACUACUGGAUUUGAAGUUAGAGAGUUGCGUGAAUACAACUUGUUUACCAAGAGCACCAAUAGUGGUGAGAGUGCAAAGAGGGAUCAGUGCCAAUGUGUUUGUGGACAAUAGUGCAUAUAGACAAUUCUUGAACUCCAAGUUUAAUGCCACUGCAAUUGACAUGGAAAGUGCUGCAGUAGCUCUGGUCUGUAAACAGCAAAAGACACCUUUCAUUGUGAUUAGGGCGCUAUCAGAUUUGGCUGGGGGAGGCUCCUCUGUGUCGAAUGAAGCCUCUAUUUUCGCAUCAUUGGCAGCUCAAAAUGCAGUCACCGUAGUGCUCAAAUUCAUCUCCUUGUUGUCUUCCUAGUUUCACCAAAUUAAACGCGAUAGCUCCACUGAUUUUUACACUGUAUCAUCCUUCAUCAAGUUGUUUAAGCAUCUUUUUUCGCGACAA